AUGGCUGAAACAUCUAUUCAUCGUAAAAAAUUAACAAAUGAAACUACUAUUAAAAGUCAAUCAAUAUUUUCUCAUUCUGUUAUUUUACCAAGUAAAAUUAAUCAAGAAAAAUAUCAACUUUCGUUAAAACAAUUAAAAAAUGCUGCUAAAGUUUAUGAAAAACAACCAUCACUUCAAAAAAUAGAUACAGAAAAAUAUCGAAAUUCAUUACAACGUCAAUUAUCCAUAGAUAUGCUACGUCAAGGUAAUCAUCAAUCAUUUCGUGAAUUAUGUACUAUAUUAGAAUGGCAGAAAAAUGAUCGAGAACAAUUAGGUAUUGAACAUCCCCAUCAUCGACGACCAU